GUGCAUUGUGAAGUCUAUAAAAUGCUGGCCCCUUGCUAAAUUCGUGUCAGCUUCGAAUCGACGCAGAUAAUAAGAGCACAAGAGGAGUUUCAUUUCUAUCCGCAAAUCCGGCCAGGCAAUUCGUCGUAUAUACAACAUGAGCAUCAAGUCGGUUGUGUUUCUUCUGCUGGUUGUGGUGGCAACGAGCUACGCUCAGACAAAGUGCUGCUGCCCUGAUCAAUUUGAAAUGAAUGAGGGCGUAGAGGUUGGGAUGAGUCAAGCUGGAAAGGGCUCGGCCGUAUUUGAAAGUGUGCGCCUCGCCUUUGACUACACCAACAAGCGUAUCGGCGAGAUCGGCACAGUAAUAAUUGACGGGGAAGCCAGCCAAGUUCAAGUCAUCCUCGACUACAACAAGGGCGUUGGAUACAGCAUUGAUCUGAAGACCAAGCAAUGCCAGAAGAUGCCUGUACCCGGACCCAUGCUACACUGUGUUCCUGACAAUGCUACAUACCAGGAAACUGUCUACCUGGGCGACCAUAAGUUGACUGUUGACUCGUUCGGCAUAUCCUUCAAGACUGGCACAGCUUCGCUGUCUGUCUCCAAAACCGAUUGCAUUCCAAAUAGCUUCAACGUGAUUGGACAGUUUGGAGAAACUGCUCUCCUUGCCGUGACUGGGUUUUACAACUACAGCCAGGGAAUCAAGAACCCGUCCAAAUACUUCACGGUGCCUGACUACUGCCCGAAGUCGUUUACCGAGGAACCAGUUUUUGGCAACCGACCAUCUUACAAGCUGUUCUCGUAAAAUUACUACUUGUCUGCACAUUCAUCCCGACGGGUGACGGUAGAACAAAUCGCAGGAUUUAGCAGAACUAUACACUGUGUUUUAUAGGUUAAUACUAACGUUCAAAGUGCAAAAACAUGUUUGUUUUAUUCUCAGAGCUUUUGUCUAUUCCCCCAUAGAGCUAUAUUAAUUUAAUAUAGCUCUAUGAUUCCCCUGUAUUUCAGCUAUAGACCUACACUCUUAAAGGUCCGGGGUAAGAUUCGACCCAAAUA